AUGAACCACGAUCCUUUUAGCUGGGGCAGACCCUCAGACGCCACUUACGGCGCUUACAACACACAAAUUGCCAACGCAGGCGCUUCUCCCAUGGUCAAUACUCAGCAACCAAUAGUAACAGGUACUUCCGUCAUAUCGAUGAAGUAUGACAAUGGAGUAAUCAUUGCUGCAGACAAUUUGGGCUCCUACGGGUCCCUUCUAAGGUUCAAUGGUGUGGAAAGACUCAUUCCUGUGGGUGAAAACACCAUUGUGGGUAUAUCUGGUGAUAUCUCUGAUAUGCAACACAUAGAAAAGCUACUAGAAGACCUGGUCACUGAAAAUGCAUACGACAAUCCUUUGGCGGAUUCUGAGGAAGCCCUUGAGCCCAGCCAUGUCUUCGAAUAUCUAGCUACUGUGAUGUACCAGCGAAGAUCAAAGAUGAACCCACUUUGGAACGCCAUCAUCGUUGCCGGUGUAGAAUCGAACGGUGAUCAAUUCCUAAGAUACGUUAACCUACUAGGUGUUACAUAUUCCUCCCCCACUUUAGCCACAGGGUUUGGGGCGCACAUGGCUAAUCCACUGUUAAGAAAGGUUGUUGACCGAGAAUCCGAUAUCCCCAAGACAACUCUACAAACUGCUGAAGAAGCCAUCGUAAAUGCGAUGAAAGUCCUUUAUUAUAGAGAUGCUCGUUCUUCAAGAAGUUUCUCCUUGGCUAUAAUCGAUAAGAAGACAGGCUUAACUUUCAAGAAAAAUUUACAGGUCGAAAAUAUGAAAUGGGAUUUCGCCAGGGAUAUCAAGGGCUACGGUACUCAACAAAUUUGA